AUGGAUUCCAACAACAACCGCCUGUUCCUCAACUUUGGGAACAGCAAUGACAGGUUGACCGCCUCGGAUCGGGCCGCCUAUCCCACCACGCCCUCGACCUUUCCUCAGCCUGUCUUCCCUCCCGCUUCUGGUCAGCAGCCUGGCCUACAGGCUCAGCAGCAGGCAUACGCUGGUGGUUAUGCGCCCCAGGGUUACUUUAACCAGAACCAAUACGCCCAGUAUCAAGGCCAGCAGCUGAACGACUAUGCCCAACCUGCUGGCUAUCAGCCGCGAUCCAAUACCCCGGGCACCAACGAUCCCAACACCGGUCUCGCUCACCAGUUCUCCCACCAGAACCUCGGAGGCGCUGCUCGAGCGCAGGCUUACGCUCGAGGGCCCUCGCCUGGCCAGCGUCCCAGAACCGCCGGCGCUUCAGGGCAGCCAGCCUAUUCCGGGUACAUGAACGCUCCUCCCAUGCCCAACCAACCUGCUGCUCCUGUCGAGGAGUUCCAGCGAGCGCCCGAGAGAAAUCCCGACCGAUACGGCACCAAUGCCAACAGCAACCAGAAGAAGUGCUCCCAGCUUGCUGCCGACUUCUUCAAGGACAGUGUCAAGCGUGCGCGCGAGCGUAACCAAAGACAGAGCGAGCUGGAGCAGAAACUCCAGGAUCCCUCCCAGGGUUCUGCCAGACGCGAGCAGCUCUGGUCUACCGCUGGAAGAAAAGAAGGCCAGUACCUGCGUUUCCUGCGCACCAAGGAUAAGCCCGAGAACUACAACACGGUCAAGAUUAUCGGAAAGGGUGCCUUUGGAGAGGUCAAGCUGGUUCAAAAGAAGGGAGAUGGCAAGGUCUAUGCCAUGAAGUCCCUGAUCAAGACGGAAAUGUUCAAGAAGGACCAGCUCGCCCACGUUCGAUCAGAGCGAGACAUUCUCGCCGAGUCUGACAGCCCCUGGGUCGUCAAGCUGUACACGACUUUCCAGGAUUCUUACUUCCUCUACAUGCUGAUGGAGUUCUUGCCCGGUGGAGAUUUGAUGACGAUGCUCAUCAAGUACGAAAUCUUCUCUGAAGACAUUACACGGUUUUACAUUGCCGAGAUUGUCCUCGCCAUUGAGGCUGUACACAAGUUGGGCUUUAUCCAUCGUGACAUCAAGCCCGACAACAUUCUUCUGGACCGUGGUGGUCACGUCAAGCUGACUGAUUUUGGCUUGUCGACGGGUUUCCACAGACUCCAUGACAACAACUACUAUCAGCAGCUGCUUCAGGGGCGAUCUAACCGGCCGCGUGACCGUAACUCGGUCGCCAUCGACCAGAUCAACCUCACUGUCAGCAACCGAUCUCAGAUUAACGACUGGCGACGAUCACGAAGAUUGAUGGCGUACUCGACCGUUGGAACUCCCGACUACAUCGCCCCUGAGAUCUUUACUGGACAUGGUUACACCUUUGACUGCGAUUGGUGGUCGCUGGGAACCAUCAUGUUCGAGUGUCUUGUGGGAUGGCCCCCUUUCUGCGCUGAGGAUAGCCACGACACGUACCGAAAGAUUGUCAACUGGAGACAGACCCUGUACUUCCCCGACGAUAUCACACUGGGCACCGAUGCUGAGCAUCUGAUCCGAAGUAUGGUCUGCAACACGGAGAACCGUCUUGGCCGUGGAGGUGCACACGAGAUCAAGAACCAUGCUUUCUUUCGUGGCGUCGAGUUUGACAGCCUGCGCCGUAUCCGCGCACCUUUCGAGCCUCGCCUGACCUCUAACAUUGACACGACCUAUUUCCCCACUGAUGAAAUCGACCAGACGGAUAACGCGACGGUCCUCAAGGCCCAGGCCAUCCAGAACGGCCGACAGGCGGAGGAAUCUCCCGAGAUGUCCCUGCCCUUCAUCGGCUACACCUUCAAGCGGUUUGAUAACAACUUCCGGUAA